ACAACCUUAAUGGACUAAGAGAAAGGGGGCCAUGCAAAGAAAGGUCAGGAUUACGCUCCACCUCCUAACGGUCAAGACCUACAUGAAAAAGAGAGAUUUGCAGUUCGACUUGCAGCUGACAGAGAUAAACAACAGAAAAGAGGGCGAGAUAGCAGGGCGAGGAAUGGAGAAGAGGGGGCAGCUUCAAGAAACCUGUACCACGGAGCGGACUGUAACCCGGGAUGAGUCGCCCCGGUGAGCUGGGCUUUGACUUCCUGCUAGCUGAGUUUAAGACGGUCAUGUAAAGAAUAAAAAGUUCGUUUUUAAAAAGGGAGGAAUUACACUUUCGUUGCUACCGCUUGACGAUCGGCAUCAAAGUGCUUGAUGGCAGUUACACAGGCGGCGCUCCCCUCCUUCAGCUCCUUCUCCAGCGGCAAUAUGAAAGUGUGGAAGUCCGAGGCCGACUCCCUCCUCCCAGACUCUCUCGGCAACAAGGCGUCACCCGGCGGCUCUGGGCAGCUGCAGGUCUCUCAGCCGAUGACGGAGGAGCUCCUGGAUGACGACAGCCAGGCCUCCUGGGACAUCGAGUUCCUGCUGUCCGAUUGGAGCAGCCCGUCGCCCGACCUCAACCCGUCUCUGGACAACAGUGAGCCGCAGCGGCUCGCGCAGUCGGACCCGAACCCGGCGUACCAAGAGGUGGACGUGUUUAAGGACCAACCUGGACCAGAGCACAUGCAGAUGACCAGCGGCUGCCUCAUGGCGGAGCUCCUGUCCGCAACUGGAACCGCGGCGCCGGUCGUGCAGCCAGAGCCGCACCACCGCGGGUAUAAAGACGAGCGUGCGGCUCGGACUUCAUAUCCCAAUCCGCCCGACGUAGAUCAGUACGGCUUCCCUCAAGGAGGCAGUUACGAGAGGCGCAGCAGGGGAGCCUUCACUAAGGUGGUCUCACCGUGGGAGCCGUACUACCCCCACCAACACCCCUCCAUGGGGACCUUCCCCGACAGCAGGUUCAUACCGCUUCACGCCGUGACCCCCGAGCCUCGACACUACAGCUACAUGCCCCACUUCAACCACAACGCCAACCGCUUCUGCGAAUACCCCCACGGCCAGACCACCGGUCAUCUGCCUCUCCACCAGCAGUCCAUGCUGGCUGCUCCACAGCCGCCCCCUGGUGGCAUGGAGGGGAAGCGCAGUCGAAGGGCGACGGGCAAAAAGAGGCCCGCCGUCCACAGCUGUGAAUACCCGAGCUGCAGCAAGACCUACACCAAGAGCUCACACCUCAAGGCUCACCUCCGCACCCACACAGGGGAAAAGCCUUACCAAUGUUCAUGGGAGGGCUGCAACUGGAAAUUCGCCCGCUCGGAUGAACUGACGCGUCACUACCGCAAGCACACGGGCCAAAAGCCGUACGAGUGCGUGCUGUGUCAGAGGGCCUUCUCCCGCUCCGACCACCUCGCUCUGCACAUGAAGAGACACACUUGAUGCACUUGUGCCCAGAAUAACCCGACAACACCGACAAGCACAGCGUCCCCGUGCCUGAGGGGAGAUGUUUGAUUGGUUGAGCGUUUUAAAAAAAUUAUUCGCUUUAGACGACAAAUGAGAACAAUUCAAUUCAGAAGACUUUUUUAUUUUUUAUAAAAUGAUUGAUUAGUGACCAAGUAACCAUUCGGUAAUGACUAAAGACGUGUUUCACCCACUGAACGAUUUGCAUAUUAUUCAUCGUUUUACCGUGAAUUCUUUUUUGUAAUAUUUUAUUUUCACAAUAUUUUCACAAUGCAAAGAGAACGUGCAGAGCAGACUACAUUAAACACAUUAAACAGAAAACUACACCGCAAGUUAGGAAAAGAAAGAAAUUAAAACAUUUACCUUGAAUUAUUGGAGAAAAUAGUUUCUCUUGCAUGCUUCACACAACUCGUGCAGUAUGAUGUCGUAAAGUCAUAUAACUCAUUCAUCUGGUCGUAUGCUCAGUGCAACCCAAAUACGUGCGUUGGCAAGUGUUCUACACAGUUGCUUGGAAGUGUUUGUAAGUAGUGACAAAAUAUGACAAAUUAUAUGACAUGAUAAAUGAGACUUGGAUUACAGAGGCUUUCAUCUAUUGUUUUACAUUUUUAAACGCGGCCCUCAUUUACAUAAAUUCAUUUAAAACAUUCCUAAAUUUUUUAAAAUCUUUGUUCACCAUGGACGCAUGCUAGCGAAAUAAAAAAAAUGUUGGGGGGGGGGGGCAUUGAUACAUACUUACGGCCAUUCAUGUGGGUGAAGUAUUUCUUUCACCAAUAACUUUACUACUAUUACUCCGAAAGCAUUGCGUAACUUCCAAAAUGAACGUAGCGGAACUAGAGAUAUCGCUGGCGUGUCGUCUACAUUACCCACAAUGCAGUUUGUCCAUGAACAGUUCUGUUGGAGAUUCUGGUGUGUUACGCUAAGAGCCACUCGUGUAGUGAUGAGGAGCUCCAGAGGUCUGGUAAGAUCUCCUCGUUUCUAACUCCUCACCUCCAAAUUAUUUUCAUUCUUCCAACCGGCACUGAAUCAAGGGCCAUCAUUUAACUGAAAUGAAAUGGGACUUCACACAUGCUCCCUCUGGAGCAACAACAGGCUUUGUACAACUCAUGCUUGCAGUGUUGCUCCCCAAUAGGGCCUCUUAGAACAACACUGUACACACUGUGGGCGUGCAGGCGGCAGACGUUAACACGAACACAAGACCCACCAACAAUUGGUGUCAUACGGAUUAUAAAACAAUACGCAGUCGUAUAUCCUGUUGGAUCUCAUGGUGCACUGAACAGACUGCUGAGGACCAAUGUGUAGUAAUGCGGACAUGAUCUGAUAUCUUUGUCUGAUUUCCCAAAGAACUUUUGUUGAUUUUAAUAUUGAUUGUAGAAUCCAAACAAACAAACCAUAAAGUAUGUCAAACCAUGUGAUUAUACAGUGAAUUUUAGUCACCUACCUUUAUGUUUAACUGUUUGUUUGUUUUUUAUUUAAGAAAAAGAUAUAUGCUUUUGUGUCCGGCAGAAUUUAAAACUGUAAAUAAUCCGCAUUUAUUUCCCAGUUGUUUCUAUAAUCUAAAUAUGCAAGCAACAUAUUUAUUAAAGUAAUAUUUUAUAUCAGCAGAAGAUAGGCUACUAUUUUAGUGUAGUGUUUUUUAUUUUAAUCAAAAGGAUCGUUCAAAUCUUUUGAAUCAUUGUUUUCAUUAUCAUAAUUCUAAUAAAGAACUCUAAAGCUGUAAA